AUGGAAUCGUCACAGCUCAGUCUUACUGCUAUUUACCAUGCUAUCAACAACCCUUAUUCGUCAGUUGCAGCCACAUGUCAAGCUAAUCUUGCAAUGGCUCCCAUCAAGAUACUAGAUCACACAUUCAACAAAUGGUACAGUUAUGCAAAAGGCAACAAUAGGAAAUGGUCAACAACAAAGCUGAUCCGGUGUCUAGACUACAUCCUGACACAUAGCAUCAGCCCAUCAGAGCUACAAGAGACGAUCCUCAAAUUACAUUCAUUUCGCUCCUGUCUUGUUUGGAUUCUGCGCCUAUUAGACAGUCCCAACGAUGAGGCACAACUUCAAAUGAUUGUCAAGUUUAUAUGCAACCUUUUGGAAUCUGUAACGUCCUCUACUAUCUUGGGCCUUAUUCAGCAUAAACACGGCGUGCAACGGAUAGCUCAAUUGUUGGCUUGUCCAAACACUGCGGCAGCUGUGCGGUUUUAUUGUAUUCGAGGAUUAUUAGCGCAGAGUGAGUAUUAUAAACAGGAGAUGCUUGAUCUUAACAUGCCACAGGUGAUUACAAAUACAGUCCUGAAAGAUUUUGACAAGCAAAUUUUUGAUGACAGCAGUGUGCAAAAACGGGAGCUGUAUGAAGCAGCAAUGGCAUGUAGGCUGCUGGAUCAUCUUGUUCAAAAGGAAAGCAACCAGAGCGCCGUGCUUGCAUAUGCCCAAGAGAACGGUCAAUUGUUGAGCCUCUGGGUAUCUGCGAGUCGUCGGUAUAUGACAUAUACAGGGCCGCUCUCUAAAAACUUGGCAUUGAUCAUGUAUUACCUAACCAAUGUCGUCUACAAAUGCUCGGUUCUAUCGAUCGAAAUGCGUAAGCGAAUGACGAACUCAACGACCGAGCAGCAUUGUUUUGGACUGCUCAUGUUCUUAUCACAGAAAUGGUGUCAUCAGCACAUCUUCACCGAGCCGAUCUCAUCAACCCUUUCAGAAGAAGAGCGGACAUUGCUUAGACUGCUAAACUUGUCGCUCACCACAGCAGAUGUUCUGCCUCAAGUGCCAUCGUACGAUACAGUCGUCUACAAAAUGGUGCAUUAUUUGACCUGCUUUUUUGUUGCCUUUCUCUGCCAAGGUGUGGUAGCCGAGCAGGUCUUUCCGGACUGGCUCAACCCACACUUUUGCAUUGAGGUUGAGGAGCGUGGCUACAUGGUCGACAAGGCCACAUGGGACCGGCAUCAGCAUUUCUUUGCAUUUCUACUUGAUAUCUAUAUACACUAUAUCCAGUUAUACCCACAAGACAGACGCAUGCCCAAGGUAUACUUUAUUGCCUGGUCCUUGAAAUCAUUUUUGUUGUUGGUGCACAACUUUGGACAACUCGACCAGUCUUCGUUGGUUCCACGGCUGAUGAAACUUGUCGUCUUCUUCUUGCAUGAUCCCAAGGCGAUUGAGGUUUUUUCAAAUUCACCGACAGUAUUAUCUGAAUACAUAUGGUCUCCAACAAUCCAACUGGCGAAACAAGGGCUCGAGUUUGCAGCCGGUCUAAGCGACGAAGAAGCACAGUCGAUUGAGGUGAAAGAGACAGCAACGCUGUACAAAGCUGAUCGUGCCUUUGUCUCUCUUGAACUGGUAGCCAAGCACAAUGCAAAAGCGUGCGAGAGACUGGUCGAAUGCAAUGUGCUUGAAUUGAUUGACCUCUUGCCGAUGGGUGAUCGUCUACAGGCGGCUUCUUCGCUUCUGACAUUGUAUGCCAAGUUUGUUCGUCUGAUCGCCACCUUGACCGGUCGAGCAGCAUUUAUCCGUGUACGCCUGAGGGACACGUCUGAUUUGUUUGCCAAAAUCAAGAGCCUGCUCAGUACAUCAAUUGACUAUAAAAAGCAAUUUAUGGACGGGUACCACAAGAUCAUCAAGGGAUGUCUGCUAGUCAUUUUAUCUUUCCGGUAUGAUGAAAGCUCGAUGCGCCAGUGGCUCUCGUCUGAAGACUCCAUUACCUCUCUAACCUUGCCCAUUCUGUUCCCAUGGGCGCGUCAGGCAAGGAUCGCUGAGGUUCAUGAUAUUCAUAUGCAUCUGCAUUCGGACAAGGACCUGAUGGCCCUGGCUUCGAUUCUGUUGGAACAGGCUUCAAUAUACCCCCUUUGUGUACGACAAGUGAUUGAAUACGAUAUGGCGUUACCCAAUCUGUGCAAGCUUAUUGUUACCCUUGGUUCGUUUGCGGAAUCGACGGCAACAGUGGAUAACGACCACUGGGAAAACACACUGUUGGACCAAGUUGAAGAAAAACAAGAUAGGUUAAAAGAAGAAACAAGUGCUCCAAGCGAAAACAACACGGCUAUCAUGCGCCAAUACGUCUUAUCCCUACGAAGCGCAGCCAUUCGUAUACUCGAAUCAGGGAGUAAUAUUCAAGCGCCCAUCCUGAGCAACGCCUACACCUUGUUCUUUCAGGCCAUAGUGCAGCGGCCCAGACUUCAUAACGAUAACCACAAAUUGAUUUGCGCUAGUCUGUACCAGCACAAAAUGAAUGACUUUCAAAAGCUCUACCGAUUUGCUCAGACAGAGGACGACAGUGCGUUGAAACUUUAUGAAAUGACUGCAGUAGCGAUUGGUUAUGCAACCCUCGGCGCACCAUCCUCGGCCGAAUGGAACGCAUCUCUUGGACUCGAAAGUGAAGAUAAUUCAAAAAGUGUGUUUGGCUCGAUCUGUCAGAUGCUGGUCUACAAUCUGGAGUACGAGCAAGACGUAACAAAUACCAACCGACUCGAUACAGUCAUCACACCCCUACGGCGGAACGCGGCUGCUCAGGUUGUUGAGAUACUUGCGAUGGAAUUUGCGUCUGCUUGGUAUGAUCAGGUCAGUUCUGUAGCAACCAGGAACGAACAAGGCUUUCAGCAGCAUGGCUUUCAGCCGAUUGACAACAUACAAGAUCAAGUGGCCUUUGUCACAGACGAUCAACAGCAGGUCGUCGGUUGUCGUCCUCUCUUACGCGCCGUCUCACCCAUCUUCCGAGCCCUCCUCAGUAGCGAAUACGUCGAAUCUGGCAUGUCGCUUAUUCCUCUUCAUGACGUGACGUAUCAUAGCCUCAAAGACCUUGUUCAAAUCAUCCAUCAAGUUAAUGAAGAUUCGAAAACGACACUAUUAUCGCCUGACCGUGUCCUCGCCAAUACCUCAUGGACCCAUGUUGUUGCUAUCCUUCAGAUAUCAGAUCGAUUUGGAUGCACGAUUGUCAAGGCACUUUGUGAGAAUUGGGUUGUCAACAAUAUUAAAGAGAUGGAAACCAAAUCGAGUGAUGAGCGUAUGGUUUGCUUGGAAGGUAUGGUUUGGCUGUAUAGACAGUGUAGAGAUCCUAUUGAAAGGGAUGGCGGGAUAUCAUCAGAUACUUGGCCUUUCUCAACCAUACUCAAAGAAAGCUUAAAGACGAUCAUUCAGUAUCUAACAGAGGCUUGUCAAACUUCAGAAUUUAUGAAAAUGGUGCAAGAUAAAAAUGCUGAUGAAUUAGAAGCGUUUUGUGAUGGUGUUGCUAAGCUCAUAAAGAAACCGAAAUAA